AUGGGACCAGUACUGUUUAAGAUCUCCAUCAAGGACGCCAACAGUGGGAUCAAGCAGAUCCUCAGCAAAUUUACAGAUGACACCAAGCUGAGUGGAGUGGUUGACAUACUUGAGGGAUCGGAUGCCAUCCAGAGGGACCUGGACAAGCUCGAGAAGUGGGCCCGUGGACAGGUGGCUAUAAGUGCAAAAUUUGACAAAGGCAUUUACCUCCCAGAGGACGCUGAGUUUUACUUUGUUUACGAUGGGUCCCUGAAGAGACACGUAAUGUUUGCUGAGCGAAUUAGUGACAACACUCUUCAGUCCAUUGUUCCAGGCCAUGGAUGCCAAGAAGUGGUUUCUGUCUCUGUGUUGAUGUAUACAAAGGGAUACUCACCUGUGGUCCUCGGCAGCUGUCCUGUCACUUACAGAGAGAAUCUGUCUUGCAAGUUGUCUCACUUUCUGGUCGAUCAUGCAGAGUGUGUCACUGCUGCUAGUCACAAGAUGUUGCUGGAUAAGUUUGGGCUAGGGAUAAAAGAUCUGCAGUCCCUGGAUAAUGAUUUGAUGAUGGCCGUCGCUCAUGAAGAAUUGCCGUCAACCUGGAACAUCCUUGGAAGCUGCUCAGAAGGUGACCCUAAACAUAAAGAAACUCUUCUCCACCUUGUGAUGAAAUUGGGCUUGGUUAAGCUUUCACAGUUCUUAGCAGCCCAGCCUGGGGGGUCAUCAGCGUUAGCAUUACCUAAUGAGGACGGAGCAACGCCAUUAGAUUUGGCUUUACAAAACGGGCACUCUGAACUUGUUGAGGUCUUCACAAAUUUCCAGGGCAGUCACUCGCUUGACAUUUCAAGAGCAGAGAUCAGUGAGGGUGCUUGCAUGCAGUUUGUUCGUUCAUCAGGAGCUCUGACGCUGACAUUUAGCCACACUGAGCAGCAUUUGCUGGAGUCAGACAUUAAGCUGUUCAGAAAAUACUUCUGGGACAGACCUCUUCUUUACCAGAGUAUUAAUUCAAACCAAGUUGAGACAGUGGAAAGUCCAAAAAUACCCUGCAAUACAACAAGCUCUGUAGAAGGUCCUGUGAACUUGGCAUCUGACGAAUUGUCCCAGGAUUACGUGAAGCCUUUCCAAGACAGUGUUGUUCCUUCUAAAGAAAAUGAAGAUCGUGUCCUGUUGGGCAUAGAGCAGAGACUCUCUACUCUUGAAGUUCUCAGGAAAUUCAAGGCACCACCUACUUUCUUUGCUGCAACCAGACAUUCUGCCAUGCUGAGUGGAAGCGAUGAAGUAUAUGCGAAUUGCAUGGUAGUAGACCAAGCUGGAGAUUUAAAGACUAACUUCGAUCAUGGAGAUGGCGACAGCAGUGAAACAUGUCUGAAUCCCACCAACUCAAUCCCGAUGGCUAAGAGCUCUUCGUCUCCCUCCCUUGAGGAGAAUGACCACUAUAUAUGUGUUCCAAAUGAAGGAAAUCAAAGGCCAGUGAAAAAUGGAGAAAAUGCAGAUUUAACACAUACUGUUUCACCUUCUGAUCUGUACGGAGCAGAUUCAUACCUUCCAUUCAAGACCCAUGGAUUUAUUAAGGAUCGGGGCCAACUUAAUGCUGACAUGAAAAGAAGAAGUUCGAGUCUCGAUGACCUUGAAGUAGACGGUGGAAGUGGAGGUGUUUUGGACAGAUCCCACGUUCACUACCCUCCCCUCAGCUCUUCAGAAGCCAUGGCUUGUAGCAGAGAUGGAUUAGAUUUCUCUACCAGUCUGCAGCACAAGGAAUGCACGGUGUCUGGGAUUCGGUCGCGGUCCUAUUCCUGCUCCUCACCCAAAGGUUUAGUAGGAAGACCUCGCAUUCCUCGGGACUUCGCAGUUGAGGAUUCAAAUGAAGAUGGUGUGCUUAUGAACAGUGGUCGAUCCCUCCUUCAGGCUCUUUCACUCUCUAAGUCAGUGUCUCUGCUCCAACCUGGUAAGCGAGCGUACAGUCUGCCCGAGCAGUGCCGAGAGAAAAGGAUUCAGGAGGAAUGGAAUAAAUAUAUUGUACCCUCAAAAAAUGAGCCUGAAAAAUGUAAAGUGAGUCGGACUUUCAGCUUUCUGAUGAACAGAAUGACUAGCACACGGAAUAAGUGCAAGACAAAAAAUAAAGAUACCAAAGAUAAAGAGAAACUGAAUAGGCACAGUUUUACAAAUGGGACCUUCUCAGGGGUUAUCCCAUGUAUGGCCUGUGAAAAGGCCCUCGUAGGAAAGGAGUCACUGCAGUGCUCUCAUUGCAACGUGAUUGUGCAUAAGAGCUGCAAGGAGUGUGCUCCUGUGUGCAUGAAGAAAUCGCAGGAGAGGUACCAUAGUAAAAACAAACCCCAAGCUGCUGUAACAAAUUCCCUGCCUGGAGACAUGUCACAGGCAGUGCUUUUCCCAGUGCAUCCUUCUUCCUCUAUGCCUAUCGGACUGUCGGCUGGAAGGAGGGAAGUCUCGCAACAGUCCCACUUCUUGUCCAAAAGUGUCCCCAGUGCCAGUUUUGAAAGAAGAUCUAUGCCAUUUUCUGAACAAGACUCUGAGACUAACACCUGGAGGCCCAAGUCACGCUCUGUAGAGAUGUUACAAGCAUUAGGGAGCUUUCCUUCAAUGGAUCCUUUUAUGAUGGAAGAGGAUGUGGAUUUGUCUCAGUGGACUGAUCUCCGCACAGAUGCACAAGAGUUUGAGGCAGAGUCCUGGAGUCUCGUUGUGGAUCCAAUGUUCUGUAGCAAACAAGAAAAGGAUGUCAUCAAGAGGCAGGAUGUCAUUUUUGAGCUGAUGCAAACAGAAGUGCAUCACAUCCAUACCCUGUUCAUUAUGUCUGAAAUAUUCAGGAAAGGUAUGAAGGAAGAACUGCAGCUGGACCACAGCACAGUAGACAGAAUAUUCCCCUGCUUAGAUGAGCUACUGGAGAUGCACAGGCAAUUCUUCUGCAGAAUGAAGGAGAGGCGGCAGGAAUCAUGUGAGACAGGGAGCCAACGUAAUUUUGUCAUCAACAGAAUUGGAGACAUCCUUGUGCAGCAGUUUUCAGAGGAAAAUGCAACAAAGAUGAUGAAAAUAUAUGGAGAGUUUUGCAGCCAUCAAAAAGAAGCUGUUAAUCUCUUUAAAGAGUUGCAACAACAUAAGAAGUUCCAGAAUUUUAUUAAACUGAGAAAUAGUAACCUGUUGGCACGACGCCGAGGAAUCCCGGAGUGCAUUUUGCUUGUCACCCAGCGAAUCACCAAAUACCCCGUUCUGGUUGAAAGGAUACUGCAAUACUCAAAAGAAGGAACAGAAGAACAUAAAGACCUGUGGAAAGCCCUUCGUCUAAUUAAGGACCUGAUUGCAGCAGUAGAUUUGAAAGUGAAUGAAUAUGAGAAAAAGCAAAAGCUAUUGGAAAUUCUCAGCAGAACUGAAAACAAAACAUAUACAAAGCUGAAAAAUGGCCAUGUUUUUAGGAAGCAAGACUUGAUAGUGAAAGAGAGGAUACUUCUUCAUGAAGGCUUAGUGUUCUGGAAGACAGCGACUGGUCGUUUCAAAGAUACCUUAGCUCUUCUUCUAACUGAUGUGCUACUGUUCUUACAAGAAAAAGAUCAAAAAUACAUCUUUGCAGCUGUUGACCAGAAGCCUUCCGUUAUCUCUCUUCAGAGGCUCAUAGUAAGAGAAGUAGCCAAUGAAGAAAGGGGGAUGUUUCUGAUUAGCGCUUCAUCUGCAGGGCCUGAGAUGUAUGAGGUUCAUACCAACUCCAGAGAGGAACGUAACAACUGGAUGAGGCAUAUUCAAGAUGCAGUGGAAAGUUGUCCAGAGGAAGAAGGAAAAAAGAGUGAAUCUGAUGAGGACAGACGUAUUGCUGAGGCCAAAGCAUCCAGAAUUCAGAAAUGUCAAGAAUCACUGAGUAACCAGGACCAGCAGAUCUGUAGUUAUUUGGAAGAGAAGUUGCACAUCUAUGCAGAACUGGUAGAUAUGAACGGGUUUGAGGAUGUUCAUAUAGAACCUCACCUCCUUAUCAAACCUGAUUCUGGAGAAACACCACAGGCUGCUUCAUUGUUGGCAGCAGCACUCAGAGAAGUUGAAAGUCUCCAUGUUGCUGUAAUGACAUCACAAAUGAGUGAAACAGACAGAUCACGAGAGGAAUUAAAUGUGAAGCACGGAUUUAGUGCCAAUGAAAUCUUGGAAUUUGUUCCUGGUGAUGCAGACAUAAAAGAAGUUGAAGAAUCAUCUGAAGUCCAUCUCACUUUUGAAAAGGAAAUGGCAGAUGCCAAUCUAGAGGAUGAGGGAGGAAGUAUGAGUUUCCCAGGAUCUACAGGGACAGAGAUUGUACAAGCAGUCCAGAACUUAACCCGUCUCUUGUACAGCAUACAGGCAGCACUAGCUAUCCAGGACAGCCACAGAGAGCUCCAUAGGUUACUCCUACAACAGAACGAGAAGACAGGUCGGGGCCACGGUUCUCGGCUAAACCUCCUUCUGGAACAAGAAAAAUACCGGAAUCUGGAAAAACAAAGGGUGGAGCUGGCCAACAUACACAAACUCAAGCAGCAGUUUCAGCAAGAGCAGCAGCGGUGGCUGCGUGAAUGCGAGCAGCGGCAGCGGGAGCAGGAGGCGAGGGAGGGCCGGCUGGGGCAGUGGGAGAAGGAGUGCAGGUACCAGGAGGAGCUGCUGGAGAGGAGCCGACAGGGACUGGCGCUGCAGCUACAGGAGUACCAGCAGAGCCUGGAGAGGCUCCAGGAGGGCCAGAAAAUGGUGGAGAGAGAAAGAGACAGUGUGAAAAUGCAGAAGAAGCUCCUCUGGCACUGGAAGCAUGAUCUGCAAAGUAGCCUGUUGUCAUCCACAGAGAGAUACGAGAUAAUGGGACAUAAUCAAUUGGACGGUUUACAUGACGAAAAUACAUUCUACUUAAAUGAAGCUGUGGUAUGUGUGUCUCUAAGCAGUGUCAACAGAUCAGAUUCUUCUCUUGUUUAUGAAGAUGGUGUGUAUGAGCUGAACAUCUCAAAUUCUGAUAUAGCAAGGACUACUGAAAAUCAGGUGGACCUCAAAAUGGACACUUCUUGUCAGCCAAUGUUAACCAGUGCACUGUGGAAAUCCACUGGUCCUUACCAGCAAAUGUCUUUUUCCUGCAAAAGCAACAAGGAUGCCUUUAAUGAUGAUCUGAAUGCAUCACAGACCCAGGGUCUCCAGAUGAGCAUCCCAAACCAGGGGUCCGUCCAGCCGUCAGGGGUAGACACACUGCUGCUGAACAACCAGCCUGAGACCCUGCAGGAUGCAGAAAGUGGAGGCAGAGUAGAGGAGAAGAUCGUUUACCUCUGA